CGACCACCGACGCGCCUCGCAGCUCGCAGCCGCCUUUAGCGAUUGCUCGCAUGGGCGUCAGGCUCCUCUGGCAGGCCUGCGAUGCGAAGAAGAAAUCUCGCUCACUGCUCAAGCUGGGCGAGGAGUCCUAUCGUUGUACUCAAAGGAGCAUCAAGAUCGGAAUCGACACAUCAUGCUGGCUUAUAGAAGCAUUGCAUCAGUCUGAUGAUGCAGACGAAGCCAUGCUGAAACUCCACGCCCGUCUGUUGACGCUCCUCAAAGCGCCCUUCCAGCCACUCUUUGUCCUCGACGGUCCUCAACGUCCCAAAGUCAAGCGAGGUCAUCAAGUCGCGGGAUACAGCAUUGCCCUGCAAGAUCGCUUUCUCAAGCUGCUCGACAUCUAUGGCAUGACUGCUCUCAAGGCCAAGGGUGAAGCAGAAGUCGCCCUGAUACAGCUCGCAAUCUAUGAAGUGAUCGACAUGAUCCUCACCACAGACUCGGACGCGCUGCUGCUCGGAUUGCCACUCGACGGUGAUCCUCCUCUGAGCUCAGAUGUGGUGAUCGUGCGCGACUCCUUUGCACUUGACUUUUACCAGACAGACAAGCCAGCGUUCAGUACCUAUGUCGAGCGCGCGAAAGACUGGCUGCGGCUGCCACAAGAUAUCUACUCGGCGAAGCUCGUCGCAGAUAUCUUCAGUAAUCGUAUUGCUGCCACCAUCUUUGCUGCCAUCACCGGCGGAGACUUUGCUCGGGGAUUAGCUCACGAUCUUGGCAAGCGAGAUGUGCCGUUCUGUGUUGACCUUGCCAACUCAAUCGCGCAAAAUUACCGCUCUCAGCUGAAGGAUACGCAAGAACGAAACACUCAAAGCAUCUCGGGAGGAGAACUGCUCGCUCGAACGCGCACCCUCGACAUGAUCAGGGAGGCGAUCGUCGUAGCGCUCGAGCGUCGUCAUGGGAUAUCUGUCCGCGCAUUUUCAGAGGAGGCUACCUCACCGUUGAGGCCCGACAUACAGCAGCUCUAUCUACUGCCUGUCUUCUCGCCAGAAGCCGAUAUCGAAGCAGCCAGGAAAUCCCUGGAGUGGCCCUAUGUGCCUCUGACGAGUAGCAUCAUUAGCAAUAUUGAGGAGCUCCUAGGUGACGCUAAGCGAUAUGCUGUCGUCUUUGAGCGAUCAGUCAAAGACGUCGUCAUUGCUGCUACCGCCCACGCCAUUCUGCGUAUUCGCAUCGUGCGCGCCCAAGCUAGACAAUCGCUGCCCCAACCCCAGCGCGAGCUCAUCUUCAGAAAGAGCUUAGAUCGCGAGGAGCUAGUCUACAUCAGAGAGGAGGCCGCUACAUCUAGCAGAUCCUGCAAUAUCCUCCUGCGUCGACAGGCUGAUCUGCCCCGCGACUCAAGGUCUAUCCCGUCUCGGCGUCUCUCUGGCGCAUCGCAGAAGAACAAUCGGCAGUACAUGUCACCCUCCAUAGAUUUGCAGAAGCCUAAUCAAAUUAGCACGUGCUUGUACAACAACUGUUGAUUGUGUCACAAUUGCGCUCGUCUAUGUGUUGUCGUGGCUAAUUGUACAUCGUCGCUUACUCUCGCUUAUGCGUCUUCGUCUGUUGGCGUCCAGGACUCAUCAUGCGCAGUCUGGAGCGCGUCUAGGAAAUCUGUCUCCUCAUUCGUCAGCACGACUUGCCGCGACCACCGAGCCGCAAGGAGCGUCAUGACACUUCCGUACAGGAACACCCAGACGACGUCUUUGCUUUGCUUGGCAGGAGUCAGCCGCCUGCUCGUCUCGUUGUCUCCCUCGCCCAGCUCUACAAGCUUGAAAAUAAUGCUCGACACAA